CUACAGAUGCAAGUGAUGCGUCUUGAACGCAAGCUGGCCAACUCAGAGGGACAGGUUGUGGAAUUGGCUAAUUUGAUCCGACAAACGAAGGACGAGAACAGCAUACUCCUCGCCAGUCUCGACGAUUCCACUCGACAAUUGGCCUUCUAUUCAAAUGCAUGGAGAGACAGUCUUCAAGAUAAAUUCUUUAUGGACGAGUUCGAUGACAUUAUCGGCGAACUCUUUACAGCAAAAUCCAAUAUGUGGAGGGUUCAGCAAACGCUUUGCGAUGCCUCCGUUGCCACCCAUCGUCUAACUGCCCUUGAUUCUGAUCUGCACACCCUUCGCACAGAGCGUGACACUGUUCUGAGCCAGCUAGCCAUUGCCGUCUCAUCUAUGGAGAUUUCCAAGGCCAACGAAGGAGCACUGACGAAACAGCUGCAGGCUUUGGAGUCAAAGAUACAGGAACUACAAACCUCUCAAGAGCAGGCUCUGAAGAAGGAGCGCGAGGCAAGUCAAAGAAUGGCUGUGUCAGUCCAGAAGCAUAAAAUGGCAGAAGAUGCCCUGCGCGCUGAAAUUGAGCAAUUAACAAGUGAGCUCACAGAUGCCGAGCGCUAUCAAGAGGCUUACCAGAGCCUGAUUGAGGAGGUUGAGGCACUGGCAGCUCGCAAUGAACUGGCUGAGGACGAGGCAGAACGUCUCAGUAAGUUCAAUGCAGAAAUUUUGGGGCAUAACAACCCCGCCCAGAGAGUCAUGUACCUAGACCGCAUUAGAAGGGAGCUCGCAGAAACUAAACAGGCACUCCUCACGGUUACCCUCGACCGCGAUGCUGUGAUUGCUCACGGCGACAGCCUUCAGCAUGAGCUCAACAUGUACAAAUCCAUCGCAGUCCCGUCAGAGUUCAAGCCUAGGACCACUAUCACUCGCGUCGGUCGUGUCCCUUUGGUGAAC